AUGAACAAAAACCAGCUGUUAGAGUUACUAACUGUAGAUCCCUUGGACACUCUACCAGCCUACCCUCAUCAACAACGUGGCCUAGCCAUUGCUCAUGCCCCAAAAAGGAUAUGCCCUUUGAAUAAGGCUGAGAAACAGGUGAGUAAACUUAUUAGUUUCAGGAGUAGCGUAAAGCAAAAUCGGGUAGGGUAGGGUAGGGUAGGGUAGGGUAGGGUUGGGUUGAGCAAAGUAGGGUAUAGUUAACCUAAAGUAACCUCAUCGUAACUUCACUUUUAUAUCUUUAAAUUUCAGCAAGCCGUAGCCAACAUCCUCCGCUACAUCCCCUCCAAACACCACUCUACUCUAGCCAAGGAAUUCGCAGAAGAGCUAGAGCAAUAUGGCCAUAUCUAUGCCUAUCGCUUCAUGCCCAACCAUCAACUCAACUCUAUACCUAUAACUGACAUUCCUUGUAAAACCACCGAAGCAUCCGCCAUUAUCUUAAUGAUUCUGAACAAUCUCGACCCAUCAGUAGCUCAAUUCCCUCAAGAACUGGUUACUUAUGGUGGUAAUGGCCAAGUCUUCUCCAACUGGAUCCAAUUCCGCCUAGUCCUACGGUACCUCUACAGUAUGACCGACACCCAAACCCUAAGUCUAUAUUCGGGCCAUCCGCUAGGCCUGUUUCCAUCACACAAGACCGCACCUAGGGUUGUAAUCACAAAUGGCAUGAUGAUCCCAAACUACAGUACCAAAGAGCUGUACGAUAAGUUCUUCGCCUUAGGCGUAACUCAGUACGGCCAAAUGACAGCCGGCUCCUACUGCUACAUUGGCCCUCAAGGCAUCGUGCAUGGCACAACGAUUACUGUAAUGAAUGCUGGGAGGAAGUAUUUGGGCGUGGAGAGCUUGGCCGGCAAGGUUUUUGUGACAGCCGGCUUGGGCGGAAUGAGUGGCGCACAGGCAAAAGCGGCCGUUAUUUCCGGAUGCGUGGGGGUGAUUGCUGAAGUAAGGGUGGUUUUCUAAAUUGAAAGAAACCAUUUAAAAAAUUUUUUUAUAGAUUUUUGUGAAAAGGUCCGGAAAAAUCAAUUAUUUAAUUUUUUGUGAAAAAGUCCGCAAUUUAAACAAAUUAAUUUUUAAAAAUUAAAUUUCAUUUUUCAAAUUCAAACUUUUAUCUUCUAACUCCAAAAAUAUGCAAAUUCCCCAAAAAUUUUGAUUUUGCGCCAACCGGGAUUCGAACUCAGGCCUCAGCCUUGGGAGGGCAGCGUCCUAACCACUGGACUACUGACGCCUUGAAACAACUGAAAAACGGCAAAAAUAAAUGCCAAAGGGUACCUCGAAUUCCCAUGGAUGUGGGAAAACAGAAAGCUUAUCAAACCGGGCCUGAAUUGGCCGAGAAUUAGAAAAGAAAAUCAAGGAGAAUUGACGAGCAUAUUAUCCAUGAAGAAAAGAUUAAAUCAAAAAUCUUUGGUCGAUUUUUUUUGUUUUUCGAUUUUACCUUUAUAAUUCUAGUUUUAAAACACUUUUAAACUCUUUACCUUCUAAAAAUCAAUGCUAACCUUCCAGAUCAGUGAAGAAGCCCUUCUAAAACGUCACAAACAAGGCUGGUUGGAGACCUACAGUGCCGACCUGAACCAGAUCGUCUACUGGAUUCGUGAAUACCGUGAAAACAAAAAGCCUGUCAGCAUCGGAUACCUUGGCAACGUCGUAGAUCUGUGGGAGAGAUUGGCCGAAGAGGAUGAGUUACUGGUUGAAUUGGGCUCUGAUCAAACGUCUUGCCACAACCCAUUCAAUGGUGGAUAUUACCCAGCUGGCAUAAGUUUUGAGAAUUCGAAUCAACUGAUGGCUUCGGAUCCGAAAAAGUUCAAGGAAUUAGUGCAGCAAAGUUUGUUGCGACAAAUCGCGGCGAUUGAAAAGUUGUCGCAAAAGGGAAUGUACUUUUGGGACUAUGGUAAUGCAUUCUUGGUCGAAUGUUACAGAGCUGGUGCGAAAAUUUUGGCAGAGAAUGCGAAGGAUGAUAAGAGCUUCAAGUAUCCGUCUUACAUGCAGGAUAUCAUGGGGUGAGUAGUUGUUUAGGUAUUUUUAAGCUCUAGGAUUAGUGCUGCCUUGGUUCUGCUCUAGCUUUGCCAUAGCCCUAAUUAGCCUAAACCCACGCCAAAAGAUUUUUAAUAAUGAAGUUUUCACAAUUUUUUUAAAUUUAAAAACUUUCAGUGACAUCUUUUCUCUUGGGUUUGGACCCUUCAGAUGGGUAUGCACUUCUGGCCUACCUGAAGACCUGGCCAUCACUGAUAAGAUUGCCUGUGAAGUAAUCGACUGGUUGGCAGCUGGAAAGCACGGUAAGUAUAAACUUUUGGUUUAAUUUUACAAGGUUGUUCAAAUAAUUCUGUGUCCCCUCUGGUUGUUCAAAUAGUUCUAUGCUCCCUGAGUCUUUAACUAUUUCUAUGCCCCUCUGGUUGUUCAAAUAAUUCUGUGCCCUUCUGAUUGUUCAAAAAAUUCUGUGACUACUUGAUUGUUCAAAUAAUUCUGCCCCCUUGAUUGUUCAGAUAAUUCUGUGCUCUCUUGAUUUUUCAAAUAAUUCUGUGCUCUCCAGGUUGUUCAAAUUAUUGUGUGCUCCCUGAUUGUUAAAAUCUGUGCUUUUCUAAUAAUCCUGUGCCCUUUUGGUUGUUCAAAUAAUUUUGUGCCCUUUAAUUUUAAAAAUUUGAGAUGGGGCACAGCAUUAUUUGAACAACUUAAUAAGCUUCUUAAAUUUUCGAUUUUUUUUAAUUUUUGGAAUAAAAUUUCAAAAAGUAAUUAAAAUUUUGCCAUUUUUAGUGAAUCCUUUCACAAAACAACAAUAUAUUGACAAUAAGCGAUGGAUCGAAGGCGCUGGUGAACAUAAAAUGGUGGUCGGAAGCCAGGCCAGAAUCUUGUACUCUGACCAACUGGGCAGGAUUGAGAUCGCAUUGGAGUUCAACAAGGCUGUUAGGGAGGGGAAAUUGAAGGUAAUUUAAAUUUUUGGUCGAUUUUUAAAAAUAUUUUGUAAUUUGGAAGGUUUGGGACAUGUUAUACUCUGGAACAUGUUUCAUGGUAUUAUGUAACAUGUCAUCGUAGGUAAAAUACGCUGGGGUAAACACAAAUUGUAAUAUAAAUCAUGAUUGUUUGUUGAAAUUUAAGCCUUUAUUUUGAAUUUAAAAAAAAGUGUCAUGUUAUAUUAUCGUAUAACAUGUCACUGUGGUAAAAUACGUUAAGAACGGUCUUUUUUUUAUAUAAAACAUGAAGUUUUGAAUGAUAUAGAAGAUGAUAUUGGAAUUUCAAAAAUAUUUUGAAAUUUUUAAAGAAUUUUUAAAAAGAGUGACAAGUUAAACGCUGGACAUGUUUGAUCGUAUAACAUGUCAUUGAGGUAAAAUACGGUAAUUAUUUUGUUGUAAAGUUAUUUUUAUUGUACACCACAUGUCUGGUUCUUGGGCGAACCUUGUAUUAAAUGAGUUUUUGAAACUAUUGGGAGGGGAAACAGGACUUUUUCACGGUUUAAUGACAUGUUAUACGAUGAAAAGUGUUCGAACAAAAAUUUUUGGAAAAUGACGUUUUUAAUUAAUAUUGUAGUUUUAUUUCAUGCUGAUAGGUCAUUCUUGAAGAUAUAUUUUACUUUUAUUGUCAAUAGGAUCAUCUUUAACGAAAAAGUGACAUUUUUUACGAUGAAAAGUGUCUAAAACAAAAAUUUUUGGAAAAUGACAUUUUAAAUAAGCUUAGGAUCACUAUACCUAUUAAAAACCUUAUUUAAUAAUAAAAGUUGAAAUUCAGGCCCCAGUAGUCCUAAGCCGUGACCAUCACGACGUAAGUGGUACCGACUCACCGUUCCGUGAAACUUCAAACAUUACCGAUGGCUCGGCCUACACAGCUGACAUGGCAAUUCAGAAUGUCAUUGGAGACGCGUUCCGUGGCGCUACAUGGGUAUCGAUCCACAACGGAGGCGGAGUUGGCUGGGGUGAUGUUAUGAAUGGUGGCUUCGGCCUUCUGUUAGAUGGAUCCGAAGAAGCGGAUCGUCGUGCCAAGUUGAUGUUAACCUGGGACGUGGCGAAUGGUGUGACUCGACGUUCAUGGAGUGGAAAUGCCAAUGGAAGGGAUACGAUUAUAAGAACUAUGAAGUUGGUCGAGGGGUUGGAGGUUACUGUACCUGAAGUUGUGGAUGAUCAGGUUCUUGGAGAGCUUUUUUAA